CAAAUACCUCAUUUCGUUGCUGAGUAUUGAUUCGGAUCUCUGUUUCUCUCUGUGUGCGUGUGUUUAAGUGUGUUCACUGCUCAAGAGGGUUCGUCUUUAUACAAUGAGUGACCUCUACUUGGUGAUUGACGUGACAACCACCUGCGAUGAACAUGGUGUUUAUGUCUCAAAGGACUCUGCCGAGGUGAUUGAGAUGGCGUGGAGGUUGUUGGAUGCCUCCACGUUACACGAGAUUGCCAGAGACUCUGUUCUGAGCCGUCCCACAAACACCCCUAUCACAGCUCUGUGUACCAACUUGACGACGUUAACAUGGGAGCACGUGAGAAACAGCGGGAACUUCAAGGAUGCGAUCUCCAAGCUGGAUGCGUUUGUCCACGAGUACAUCAUCUCCAAGAACCUCGAAUUCACCUUUGUCACUUGGGAUGCUUGGGAUUUGAGGGUACAGCUACCGAGAGAGGCACGUGACAAGACUGUGGUUCUACCACCAUAUCUACAGCAUGCGCGUGUGUUUGACAUCAAGGAUGAGUAUGCCAAAUGGCAAGCUCAUCAUCCCGAGGCAUUGAGUUACUCUGCCUCUAACUUAUCGAGCAUCCUGACCGCACUUGAAGUUGAACUUGAUCCAAGCAAUACCAGUUUCCAGGUUCAUCCACAACAACUGCAAUCACAGUCUCAGCAACCGCAUCAUAAUCACCAUCAUCAAGGUACUCAACAGGAAGGUCGUCGUGCCGGCGAGGAAGUUGAAAUAGUCACGUCCAUUCUCAAGGCCUUGGUUAAGAAGUGUACUCCUGCUCAGGACCACCAUGAUGUGCUAACUCAUCCAUAUGACGCGCGUGCCGAUGUGCGUGCAUUCUUGGCUGAAAGAUCAAAAGUACUAUAUAUGACCAACCUGCCAUAUGACACUACUCAGAGCGAAUUGGAGAGCUGGUUCACACAAUACGGAGGCCGUCCAAUCGCAUUCUGGACAUUGAAAACACCAGACCAGAAUAAACCAACAGGCUCUGGCUUUGCAGUGUUCAGCUCUCAUGAAGAGGCUGCAGAGUCAUUGGCGAUGAAUGGUCGCUCGCUCAAUGACAAAUGCAUCCAGGUUCAACCUUCAAGUGCCCGUGUCCUAGACCGUGCACAGGAAAUCUUGACCUUGUUCCCUCCUUCAAAGAACCGUCCAAGACCUGGUGACUGGACUUGUCCAAGUUGCGGGUUCUCAAACUUCCAACGUCGUACUGCAUGCUUCCGUUGCUCAUUCCCUGCCUCAUCUGCUGCUGCUGUUCAAGAGUCGAUAUACACUGCCAAUGGUAACGGUUCUCAGGGCUCAGCCAACACUAACAACAACGGUAACGGCAAUAAUAAUAGCAACAACAACAACAACAACAACAACAACAACAACAACAGUCAUAACCAUGGACAUGCCCACAGCAACAACCACACUAACAACAAUCACAACCAUGGCCAUGCUCACAACCAUACGCAUAAUAGCAACGGCCAUAACCACAGCAACAAUAACAAUAACAACGGCAACGGCAAUAAUAACAACAACAACAAUAACAAUCAUGGCGGCAACAAUCAUGGCGGCAACAAUCAUAACAACAAUGGCCAUGGUCAAAGGUUUUCAUCGGUGCCAUUCAGAGCUGGUGAUUGGAAAUGUGGUAAUGACGGCUGUGCAUACCACAACUUUGCAAAGAACAUCUGUUGCCUGAGAUGUGGUGCACCACGGGUUCAGCAAGUUCAGGGUCAAAGUGCAGCUGGACAAGGCUCGUCUGGCCAGUUGACUGGACAACAAGGUCAACCAAGGGCUCAGGCUCAGGACCAACAGCAGUCCGCCAGAUAUUUCCAACAGGUUUACAACACGGAUAUGAAAGAUCUAUCCAAGAAUUUGUCAGGUAUAAACAUCGGUUAUGCAGUGAAUAACUCUGAGAACUGGUGAAGGGAUCAAUCAGGGACCAACAAGGUGAAGUGUCUGCUACUUCUGGAUAGCAGAGCAUAUUAUUCAGAAAAGGAGAGAGAUUAUAUAUAGUACAGAUGAUCGGAGGGGAGCUUGGAAUUGUUUAUAUACCGUGCUUGCGUGUAUUUAUAUUAUAUUGUUUUUAGGUGUUGUUUUGUCAACGUUUGAGGUACAAACUGGUUUGGUUUAAUGAUGUUGGAGAGGUGAACGAAUAAGAUUACUUCUCGACAAGUAUUAAUUUUAAGGUAUGUUAUUACAAAGCUUUAACUAUAGUUGAUUCUACAUAGUUGAUUCUACAUAGUUGAUUCUA